GCCCAAGCUACUUCCAGUCCACGAUGGUCCUCCCUGCUUUCGGGCAAAGAGAUCUCUUUGGGGGCGCUAUUACCGCGGUGAUACCCACGCGGCUCAUUGACGCAUCAGACCUUCGCCAAGUUCCUGAUACGCAAGAAGUCUUCCUUUGCCCCGAUUCGGACGUUAGCAUUAUAUUCGAGAUCCUCGAGCGCGUGCAACCGGACGAUCCGCAGGACGCAGCCAAAUUCCACUUCGAUUCGGUAGCGCACGACAACUCCGCGCUAUCGUCUUCGGUGGACAGCGUCUUCGUCUCAAGCAGUCCAUCCGCGGGGAACGAUACUCCAAGCCCGGUGACUCUGAUCGGCAAUCAGCUCGUCGCCAAAUUCAACCGGACGACGCCGGACCGGGUUCGCAUCUUACUUGCGUUGUAUAGGGUCCAAAGACCGAACGUCAACAUCGAUUUCGUGGUGACAUGCAACGUCCCGAUAAACCCCGCCUUGCCCGAUGAGCAGAUAGCAGGUGACCAGGCCUAUCAGAGUGCCAAGAAGGAUUUUGAGCAGGUCGUCCAGAGCCUGCUCAUCGUCGACUACGGGCUGUUCGCGUAAAGUGAUUCCUUCGCCCAUGACAAUCGGUUGUAGUAUGGUCGUGACGCUGUACGAUGUACGAAGUCUACGGAUCCGUCGUAUUCGUCGCGACGUUAUCGGACUCCCCCUCUCCAGGCAAGAGAGGCAAACGAAUAGAAUCACACUCGUAUUUGUGGGAUUGACAUAGAGAUGAUAGCAAUGUUAUAAUAAGUUAAGUGUAUAUACAAGGACCAUACGCCAACAGUGGUGGCACAAGG